AUGUCGCUGGAGAAGGUUCAAGUGUUUCCUGUGGUUGGCGGGUUCAGACUAGGAAAGCUGACUGGAUCGCCGGAAAGACCAGUUCAAAUCGAUGGGGCGAGAUUCACAGAACGCGUGGGACACAUUCGUGAUGAUUUUGUAGAUGGAGAUGAUCUUGCUGAAGAAAAUGGUGGUCCGCAACAGGAUUAUCGGAGCCACGACUCACGCGUUGAUGGUGUCUGCGUCCAUUCAAGUGAGAUUCAGCGACACUGGUUCCGAUUAUUCAACAGACUUGCCUGUCGGAGCAGGUCUGAUGCGUGGCAAUAG